UAAAACAUUGAGCCAAAUCGACAAAAUUAUCACCUCACAUAAAACAUAUAAUUAAACGUAAAAUCGUCCGGAAAAAAUGAUUGUGUAUGUUUAGAUGAACAAGAAAGAUGCAGGAAAUAAACAAGAAGCCAUAAAUCUUAACACAUCAUAACAGUUUAUUAAUAUCAGAAGGAUAAAACAAAAGCUGGACUUGAGCAAGGAUAUAUACUGCACCGCUACAGAGAUACUGUGUUGACAAUUUACAAACAAGAAAAUCCAAGCAGUAAGCUUAUGUAGCGGGAGAGAGUACGAAAACGAAGAGAUAUGGCGUGACGAUGGACUAUCAAGAGAAUGAGACAGAGACUCUACUGACUCAAAAUAUGAAGAAGGAAGCGAAGAAACCUGAUUGGAGCAAGUUUGGUCUCGCUACCGAUGACCAACAUGAGACAGAGCCAUCUAAACCACUGUAUCAGAGUGGGGGAGACGAGGGAGGUUACCAUGGUGACCCGGGACAACAUAAUGAAUUAUAUACUGAAGAUGAGCAAAUCCACAGAAAGCCAUGGUACAAGGCCAACUUCUUUGUGACAGAACCAGUGUUGUUUGGAGCAUGGGACGGUGUGUUCACGUCAUGUAUGAUCAACAUAUUUGGUGUUAUUAUCUUCCUAAGGACAGGAUGGGUUGUGGGCAAUGCUGGUAUAGGGCUAGCAAUCUUAAUUAUGAUGAUGACAAUAGGUGUCGCUCUAGUAGCUGCCCUAAGUGCAAUAGGGGUCUGUGAACGUUGUAAGAUGGAGAGUGGGGGUGUAUAUUUUCUUAUAUCCCACGUCCUUGGAGCCAGGAUUGGAGCGGCUGUUGGCAUUCUGUAUUGUUUUGGCCAGGCUGUAUCCUGCUCUCUCUAUUGUAUGGGCUUUGGAGAGUCAAUCUCAGCCUUGAUCAACCAAGACAAUCCAUGGGUGUCGAGGGGAAUUGCUGCCGGGGUCGUAUUCCUCCUUUUAGGUAUAAAUGUAGCUGGAGUGAAGUGGGUGAUCAGACUUCAGCUGUUACUACUUAUGGUGCUAUUUAUUGCUGCAAUGGACUUCCUAGUUGGAUCAUUUGUCCACACAGAUCCAGAACAUGGUAUAACAGGUUACAGGUGGUACCACUUAGUCAAUAACACAGGUCCAAGCUACCUCGAGGGCCAAUCAUUCUUCUCAGUGUUUGGUGUGUUCUUCCCCACGGCAACUGGUGUCUUUGCUGGGAUUAACAUGAGUGGAGAUUUACAUAAUCCUAGUCGAGACAUUCCUGUUGGCACUUUAUCAGCUGUUGGUGUCAGCACAGUCCUGUAUCUAGCAUUUGGCGUUGUAUUAGGAGCCACUUGUGACAGAACAUAUCUACAGCAUGACUAUAUGAUAGCUGAAAAGGUCUCAAUACUUGGUGUACUAUGGUUGGCCGGUUUAUAUAUUUCCUCGGUCUCGUCAUGCAUGGGAGCCCUCUAUGGGAGCCCCAGGAUACUACAAUCCAUUGCCAAUGAAAAUGUUAUCCCUGUUAUGAAAUUUCUAGGGCAGGGGCGAGGGCCUAACAAGGUGCCAGUGUUUGCUCUGAUAGUGAUCACGCUGAUAGCUCUCGUGUUCAUCAUGAUUGGCCAGGUCAAUACUCUGGGCCCAAUAGUCACAAUGCCUUUCAUGAUAACAUACGCUGCAGUCGACUACGCCUACUUCUCGCUGGCUAUGUCAUUUGAUCAGCGGAAAAAGCGUGAGGCUCGUUUCCAUGACAGUGCAGGUAGAAGUCUCCUAGAGUCAACCAUUAUUAAAGCUAAGUCUGAAGGACAGAGUCAAAAUGGUGGAGGUACGGUGAAUUAUGGUACGACAGAUAGCAAACAAACGGGAAGUACAACAGCUGCUGAUACAACGAGGCCUCAGAAAUCUAGCGAUUUAGAUAAGUUAUUUCCUGAGAGGCUGCAGCAUGAUCAGAGGAUGAUUGCCCCUGGAGAUCAGACCAGUCCUACCUUUGAUGUCAGUAAAGGUUACCCGGGUGAUCAAAAGGGGGUUACACAGGAUGAUGGAAAUGAUACACAGGAGUUAUUGGGCAAGAAACCUCAAUUACAGAGGCAGGCCAGUCAGCCAGAAAUCUACCACAUGCCCAGAAGUUGGUAUUCAGUUUUCUGCAAUAGAUGGCUGUCAAUUAUUGGGCUGAUUGGCUGUUUAGUGAUUAUGUUUGCCAUACAAUGGAUCUACGCUCUAGCUAAUAUAGCAGUAGCGUUCAUAGUGUAUAUCUACGUGGGUAAGGCCAACCCAGGGGUGUUCCCAGGAAUUGCUGAGUUUAAUUUGUGGCAAUGGGUAAAAGGUGGCGUCCUAGGUUGCUUCAGGCGUGGUCCUCCUCCCCCAGAGCAGAUAGUUGUCACCCCUAAUACCCCUGCCAUGAAUACAAUGGCCGCACAACUCACUGAAGAAAAUGAUGACUUUGCCGCUAGGGGGCGAUACCAUCAAUCAGAGGUCGUAAAAGGCCAAAACUUUGAUGACCUUGACAGUGACUGAUCUGUCUUAGAGACGAGAGACUUUUACUUGAUUUUACAGUCUGAGCGUUUCACAUUUUGCCAGUCCCAAGUAUGAACUGUAAUGGUGUUACACUUAGUCUCAAAAAGCCUCCUAAGUUUUGAGUUGAUCUGUUAUCCAAUUAUUAUUCCCAGGUACAUACAACUGCCUGAUAUUGGCCAUGGAGGCUGUGCACUUGAUACAUAACUAUGUGCUAUUGUGUGAGAUGUUUCAAAUUUGGUAAUGGGAGAAUGAAUAAUACUUUUUGCUUUUUAUGAAAUCCUAAUUUAAUUGCAUUCUCUCUAUAGUUACUGUGGGGUAAAUGUUACCAUUACUGUAGUUAUAGUCAAUGGAGUAAAUGAUACCAUAAAAACAGUUAUAGUCGCUAUGGAGUAAAUAAUACCAUAACUACAGUUAUAGUCUCUGUGGAGUAAGUGUUAUCAUAACAACAGCUAUAGUCACUAUGGAAUAAAUGCUACCAUAUCUACAGUUAGUCAUUAUGGAGUUAGUGUUACCAUCACUGUAGUUAUAGUCACUCUGGAGUAAAUGUUACCAUAACAACAGUUAU